AUGGCUGCCUCACCCAUGUGUGAUGGGAUGAUAAAGGCUCAGCAGAUACAGGUGCCUGCUACCAAGCUUGAUGACCCGAAUUCAAUCCCUAGGAUCCACAUGGUGGAAGGACAGGGCCAUUACUACAACUUAUUAUAUAAUAUGGAGAUUGGCCCUCCUGGGCUACUGGGACCUGCUCACCAAAGCACAAUGGACCCUAGCUUAGCCUCAGGAAUCAGGCAGGGUCUUUGGGAUACAGCUGUGUGUGCACAGCUGAGGUGGCACCCGUUGCAGACUGGGAGCACUGAUGGGGUGAGGGAUGAUUUUGUCCCCAGAGGAGGAUUCCAAUUAAUCCUUUCCUACUCUGAGGCUCAGGGCUGGGCGCUGAGGAAGAAGACCCUGGGGUGUCUAGUUCCAGGAGAGAGCACUCCUCACAGCACCAGCCUGGUCCUGGAGGGCUUGUUAGUACCUGCAGAGCCUCUGGGACAGCAGCUCCAGGGACCCCGGAAUAGGAGAACGUGUAUCUCAGCCCCUCCGUUCUUAGGCAGACAGGGACGUGAGAGCCUAUCCUGGCCAUGUGAUCCUAUCUCCUCCCAGGCUCCAGAGAAGCAGCGGGACAAUGGGACCCGGCUGGUGACAGAGUUCGUGCUGGUGGGAUUCUCCAACCUCCCAGAACUGAGGCCCACUCUCUUCACCUUGUUCCUCCUCACCUACCUGGUCACACUCAGUGGCAACGCCACCAUCAUCGCCAUCAUCCAGGUGGAUCGCACCCUCCACACUCCCAUGUAUCGCUUCCUGGCCGUGCUCUCCCUUUCUGAGACCUGCUACACACUGGUCACCAUCCCCAAUAUGCUGGCCCAUCUGCUGAUGGAGAGCCAGGCCAUCUCCAUCGCGGGCUGUCGGGCCCAGAUGUUCUUCUUCCUGGGCUUGGGAUGCAGCCACUGUUUCCUCCUCACGCUGAUGGGUUACGACAGGUACGUGGCCAUCUGUCAUCCCUUGCGCUACUCUGUGAUUAUGAGACCCACCGUUUGCCUAUGCCUGGGAGCCUUGGUUUUCUGCUCUGGUUUCUCGGUGGCCGUGGUUGAAACCUGCAUGAUCUUCUCCUCGCCUUUCUGCGGCACGGGCCGCGUGGAACACUUCUUCUGUGACAUAGCGCCUGUGCUGAAGCUCAGCUGUGCAGAGAGCACGCACAAGGCGCUUGGCAUCUUCUUUUUGAGCAUCCUCGUGGUGCUGUUCUCUUUCCUCCUCAUCCUCCUCUCCUACGCCUUCAUCGUGGCAGCCAUCGUGAGGAUCCCUUCAGCAGCGGGCCGGCGCAAAGCCUUCUCCACCUGCGCGGCCCACCUCACGGUGGUCAUCGUGCAUUUUGGCUGCGCCUCCAUCAUCUACCUGCGGCCAGACUCUGGGGCCAACCCCUCCCAGGACCGCCUGGUGGCGGUGUUCUACACGGUGGUGACUCCAUUGCUGAACCCUGUGGUCUAUACCCUGAGGAACAAGGAGGUGAGGGUGGCCCUGAGGAAGAGCCUGGCGCGGGACUGUGGAGUAUUUAAAUAA